AUGCUCCUGUUUUUCGACUCGAGCCUCUUGGCCAUGGGCAACAUUCUCUUCCUAGCCGGCCUGUCCCUUCUCAUCGGUGUCCAGAACACUUUUAAUUUUUUCUUCCAGUUUACCCCGAGCAAAAUCAAGGGCUCCGUUUGCUUUUUCGGUGGCAUUCUCCUGGUUCUGUGGCUGAGCCCCUUCCUGGGCAUGCUGCUGGAGCUGGUGGGCCUAUAUUAUCUCUUCGGCGACUUUUUGCCCACCAUCAUCAACUUUUUGCGCAGCGUCCCUGGGCUCAACGUCAUCUUUUACGUGCCCUUUGUGCGCCAAGUACGUCAAAUCAGCCUGCCCACCAGGCGACUUCAGUCCAUGGCCGCCUUCUCAGCGCUCACCAAACUCAUUGCACGAACCUGCUGA